AGCCACCAAAAGUUCUUGUCAUCUGAACAGAACAUCGAUACUUGAGUUUCUACAGCAGGCCAGAGAGGAAGUCCUUAAAAAGGAGGGUAAGCGAGUUGACUUCGAUGAUCCCACAUGUUUGAGUGACUCUGACUACCACAACUUAACUGGACUCACUAAGGAGCAGUUUGAUGACGUCCUCACUCAUGUGAACAACAUUAGGCCCACAAAGACGAGGACAAUCCGUACCUGCUUAGCCAUCCUUCUGACAAAACUACGCUGCGGAAUGGACAACCAAAUGCUCGGAACUAUCUUUAAUAUGACAAAAUAUCAGAUUCGCAGGGCAGUACAGUCUGCAAGGAAGGCUCUUAUGUCAGACUUCGUCCCGAGGAACAUUGGAUUUUCCCACAUCACCAGAGAGGAGAUUAUUGAGACCCAUACAAGGCCACUUGCACAACAUCUACUUUCAGACAUAACAACUGCCCCCGCAAUACUGGUGCUGGACGGAACUUAUAUAUAUAUCCAAAAAAGUGGAAACUACACCUUCUCCAGACGUUCCUUCAGUAUGCAUAAGCGCCGGCCGCUUUUGAAGCCGAUGAUGAUUGUUUCAACGACAGGAUAUAUCGUCAAUGUCCUUGGCCCAUACCUAGCGGAUCCAAAGAAUAACGACUCCUCUAUUCUGAACCAUUCCAUUCUUUUGAAUACUGAGGAAAUACAGAGUUGGAUAAAGGAGGACGACAUCUUUGUGGUAGAUAGAGGAUUCCGUGACUCAGAAUCAGUUUUAAACGACCUUGGUAUUCGGAUGGAGAUGCCUGCGUUUAUCCCAAAAGGCCAAAAACAACUAUCAACGGAAGAGGCAAACAACUCAAGGCUCGUUACAAAAGUCAGAUGGGUUGUUGAAUCUGUUAACGGUCGGGUGAAAACAUGGAAAUAUCUUGGCAAGACGCUUCCAAACAGUCAAAUUCCAUAUAUCGGAGACUACGUCAGGAUUGUUUGCAGUCUUUGCAACAAAUAUCGGCCUCCGAUCACCUCAGGAACAUUUGACGCUGAUAUUGCAGUCGCUUCUAAAAUGACAAUGUUGGCCAAGAAAACAAACGAACUCCAACAGUUUGUUCUUGAAAAUGGGCUGGAUAAAAGAUCCAUGAAAUGGACUUCCAUCGAUGCCGACAGCAACACCGUAAAGGAUUUCCCCAGACUUGCUGAAGAGGACAUUAGAGAACUUACCAUCGGCGUGUAUCAGUUAAAAACGGCGAAGUCUUAUGCAGCAGAGCACCUCACAGAUGAUGGAAUGUUUGAAAUUCUGGUGAGCAAUGACGUUCCCAAUAUCGUUUGUGCUAAAAUUCAAAGCCGCCACACAUCAGCCAAAAAGUACUCACUGUGGAUUAAAUACUGUGAAACUAUCGUGUCCUGGUACUGUACUUGUAAAAAUGGAGCACGAGUUGUUGGAAUGUGUGGGCACAUAUCCUGCAUUAUUUGGUACCUGGCUUUUGCCAGACAUCAUAGUAAUGCAGGAGAUGAGUCUCUUGGUAUUCGGGAUUGGACAGAGGAUGUGGAUGAUGCAGCUCGAGCCAUUGACAGCUCCGAAGAUGAAGACGCUCUGGAUCAUCAGGGUCAGGAAGAGUAGUUAGCAGACUUACACGUAGUUUGUGCGGUAUAUGUAAUGUUUACAGUAUGAACCUGAACAGAUUUAUGAAAGAAAAUACGUUUCCAUCAAUUAAACUUAAUUUUAUAAUUCAACUAAAAAUGUAAAUGCAUGAUUUAGAUGAUUUGAUUUUGCUGAUUUAUUGAUGUUGUGUUUAUUAAAGACUUGUUUGUUUGUUGAAUUCGAAUGGAUUUCCUUAUUAAUCUUUUCA